ACUUGAUUUUCGUUUAGCAUAAACGGUUGCGUUAUCAUCGGUGCCUAUAUUACUUAUCUAGACCAAGCUGCAAAUUGGUCUCGAAGCUCUCAUUACAUAUCACUUGAGUAAAGACAGUGCUAUAGAGUCACAUUCGAAUAGGUAUUCCACGUUUGGUGUUUUUCAAUCUUCGUCAUUUUGUUCGAUUUGUUUACAGUGUGAACGUUUUUUCUAAUAGGUACCUAAUACUUUUUAUACAUGUAAAGUAUAUUGUUGAUCACAUCGUAGAGUUUUAAAUCUUCUCGGCCAGUGACUAUUUCGUCGAAUAUCAUACGAAACCGAAAGCUGUCAAUUGUAUGAGAACUUUCGUUGAACCUGAUUGCUAAAGUGGAAUAAUCUUCAAGCUGUUAACGGUUUAAUUUUUUUCGAUCACGCGGAGGUUAAUUGCAGUUCGACAUGGGUGACAUCGAAGAAUACCCUUUCCUUUUCAUGAAUACGCCUUCGUCACUGCAGAUCCUGGCAUCAACCGAAGUGGCGUUAACGUUAUGGCAAAGCAGAUGUGCGGCUUCAGACCAUUCAUACGAGAAUUUCGGUUCGUUUUUGUGGGUAAACCAAGUCUUCAGCUGCGAAGAAUUACUCGUUGGUUGGAUUCCGCCUCAAAUCAGAUCGCAAAUAGACGACAAAAUUACCACUGUUGGCGAAGAACUUCGGGGAUGGAGGUGUUUCCACGGUAGCGUUUUUAAAAGUGAAAAAGCAUUUUUCAAAUGUAUUAAGCAUAUCGUCUUAGAUUUUUCCGGAACCAUUGGUUACAAAGCGACCGCGAUGAAUAUCUUGGAUUCCGGUGAAUUCGCCGACUUGGAAAAUUAUAAAAUGGCGUGUCUUUAUUGUUUGGAAGAUCAAGUCAGACGGUUUUGGCCUUUGGUUACUACGGAUGUAAAUCUUAAUCAUGGUACAUGCAAUUUACGUUACUGGCAUGACUUUAUGAUAUUGGGUCAAGAAAAUCCUAGAAGCCGUAGGCCUAGUGUGCCUUUUAGAGAACGAUGGAUUCAGUUCGCGAAUUGGAAAAAUGAUAGAACAGCGUUUGAGCAUUUUUAUCAAAUGUUACCAGCUCGUGAAACAGUCGAUCAAACUGUUUAUUAUCUGAGAGAUUCCAAAUACCAAGCUGCGAUACGUUCAUUACCUACAUUAAACCGAAUUCAAGUUGAAGAAAUAUUUAAACGGAAGGCCUCCACGAUGUUUGGAAUUUUAGCGAGGAAUGACGAAGUGUAUUUCUCGCAGUAUGCGUAUCAAUCGUGGACUCUCGUGCGACAUUUAAUCUUGGAAAAUGAAGAAACGUUUUUUUCUGUCGUGUACAUACUGUGGAGAAUCGCAUUCUGUCCCAAGACUUUAGGUGUGAGCCAUACUCGUUGCCAUAAAAUUAACAAAUUGCUGCUCGAAAUCUGGUCAGAUGCCUCGGACGAAUUAAAAGCUGCCGUUUCUAAUAACCACAUUAACGAGUUUUUCGACGAGGAUUUCAACGAAUUUGGGUCGGAUUACUUUCAUUACCACGGUCACGAUAUGAAAUUUACGAUAGAUUUGCUGAACAUAUCACGAGAUGUGGAUAAAGUUUCGCUGUGGGUGGAUAAUUGGCGUGGAUUCGCUUUACGUGCGAAGCUUUCGGAUUUCAAACGUCUGAUGAGAUCCUGUUCGGUGUUUAACGAAGACGACGUCGAGUUUUACAAAAUCCGUUUGCUGGAUUUCGAAGAUUUUUUUCCCACAUUGAUUAAAAAUGGAUUCUAUUCGGAUUUGAAGGACUAUCUGUAUUUUUGUUCGACGGAUGAGGAACACUUUCAACUGUUGGCAAAAAAAGAGCUCGAAUCGAAUCUCGAUAUUAUUAUACGACACGAUAAUGGUCAAUUCGCUAAAUUCGAGUGGUUCGUCGGGAAACUAUUUUCAAACAAGAAAAAGGAUGCAGAUGGAUUCAAAGCGCAGAUGAUUUCGUCUGCUGAAAGUUUUAAACAUCUGCUCAAAGCACGUAAUGAUCGUCAAAUUCGUUCUUACGAUUUCAGCACACUCAUUGGCCGAUUUGCUACCGAAGAAGAUGAAUCUAAUCUAGUAAAACGUAAUUUAUUAGAGCAUUGGCGUAGCUAUCCGAUGAACUGUCGUCGCAGGAUUGUUUACUUCGAUGAAUGGAUAGAAUUUCUCGAAUGGUGUAUUCCCGACUAUGAGGAACAUUCAGCCUUCAAGCGGUCGUUAAAUGUAGAUGAGGUUUUCUUAAAAUUGUUGAAUGAUAAUGCUAUGGGGAUGGGUAUGUCAAUUUCCGAUGAGGUAUCACUUGACGACAUUUUAAGAUGGUAUUUCGGAAACGAAGAAGAUAGGAAAAAUUUCAAAGUAGAUAUAAUAAAAAAAAAUUACACGCGAAUGGAUUUUAUGUAUACCAAGAUGCUAAGUGACGAUGAUCUUGAUCGUCGCGUGGUGUCUUCCUAUUUGAGAUGGUUUUUUGAUAAUAAUACUGAACGUUUAUGUAAAUUUUGCGAAAAUUGUAAAUUUAUUCUGCACCCCGAUGUACCAUAUGAAUAUGCUGGGGGUGAAACUCGAUAUAAUGAGUUUUUUUCAAGCCUAAUUCGAUGACUACCCAGACUAUACCUAUAUGUACUACCUAUAUAUUUUAUUCAAUUUUAAAUAAACCUACUCGUAUAUUUGUUUA